CAAGUCUAGUCAUUGAAUAAACAAACUGCGCUUGGUCUCCUUUUACCUGGCUUUUUACUUUCAGUUCAACGAUGAAACUCCUUGUUAUUCUUCUUCAUUUCUCUGUUGAUUCUUUGGACAUACAAGAAAGAAUAAGGAAAUAUUGACCUAAUACCUUUACCAUCCACUUUGGUAUCUACAAAGGAAAUGUCCUUUGCUCAAGCAGAAGGCACAGAAUACAAUGAAACAAGUUCCCUUAGCAGUUACAUCACAGAAUUUGAAACAUUCGCGGAAGAGGUGAAGGAAUCGAUUCCUGAAGUAGAUUUUCGAGGACGAGUUAAUAGAGAAUCUUCAUCUGCAGCACAAGGACGUUCAGAGGAUUUAGCAAUCAAAUGCUCUUCUCAGUUAUCAUUUAGAUCAGAAAAGCAGUAUAGAUUUAUUAAGACCUUGCUGUCAUCUCGGACACCGUAUGAUGAAUUUCAUCAUCUUUUCAAGCAUGUUCCAAAGGACCAAUUUCCUAUUAACAAUUUUUCCUGUGCAUUGAGCCGUGAGAUUCUGCUUCAAGGGAGGCUUUUUAUCAGCCAAGGAUGGUUCUGCUUUUAUUCCAAUAUAUUUGGUUGGGAAACACAGGUAACAAUUGAUUGCAGAAAAAUAAGGUCGAUAACAAGAGAAAAGACAGCCUAUGUUGUCCCUAAUGCUAUACUUAUAACUACAACUGAUGAAAAGCAUUUUCUUUCAUCUUUUUUAUCAAGAGAAACAGUUUAUAAACUAUUAAUUAAAGUAUGGAAAGACAUUAGUGAAAAACCUCAGAGUUCAAUACCUAAUGGUGUUAGCAGUACAGUCAACAGGGAACCAUCAGAAGAAUCAUUACUAGAGAACUUGCCUUUUCAUGAUGUGAUUGAGAACGAUGAUGAAAAUGAGAUUUCAAAUGCUCAAGAUGUAGAAAGCAAGUUAAGUGCAGACAGUGGAUUCUUUGAAGGUCAGCCAGCUGCAAUACUGGUUACAGAGCUUGACUCUGAUGAACAAAAACUGAUUGCAUUUGACAAGAGUUUACAGGAAGAAGUACAAUGCAGUUCUUCAAAACUACCGACAUUUGCAAGUAUUGCAGUAUGCAUUGCAUCCAUGGCAGAGAUGUUGUAUUCAUAUUUUCAAGUUGGCCUCAGGUUAAUCAAAAGGUUGUCAAAGGAGCAACUCUUCAUUUUGGUGGCCGCAAUAAUAAUCAUGUUUCUGAUGUGCUGUAGUGCAUUUCUACUGUACCGUCUGUCUGUCCUUGAACCUAAAGUCUUUGCCCCGCGUACUCCUACUAAGGCUUACAUUAGCCAACAGUCAAUCCAGCAGAUCUUAAAGCUAAGAAAAGAAGUGUAUGAUGCAGAAGUGUUGAGAGUAAAGAAAAUAGUAUCUGCUAACAUAGAUGCCAUUACCCAGAUUCGAGACACUUUGAAGAUGCUACAAGAUGACCUGAUGAACCAAAUCCAUCAAAACUGUACCAUAGUAGAUAAUAAUGUUUGCCUUAUGAAACUAUAAAUAUGGCAACUGGGCUUCUGUAAGCGGCACUAGAACUAAACAAGUUGGAAACUUUAAGAACAUUUUAUAAAGAAAUAUUACAGACAACUUCCAUGUGCUGUUUCUAUUAAGAGUCCUGUCAUAAUAUGGUUGGUUAAAUGUAUCAGACUUAAAGUCAGUCAUGAACAACAUUACAAUUUUUUCUCAUAGUUCCACACUAUAUUUUCUUGCACAAAAUUUCUAAAUGAACUUGUAUAACUUUUGUGGUAAUAUCUAUUAAUAUAUUUGACAUUUUUAAUCUUAUCAUUUAAUAAUUAAGAUAAAGUAUUUAUAGAAAGUUUUAUCAUAUGUUAUAUGUAGGUAAUGUAUUGAAUUUUUGUUAAAUCUUGUAAAUAAUGAAGAAUAAAACAUUGAAAAAAUACAUUGAAAGGCAAAGAAUUUAAGGAGCAUAAGUCUCAUGGGCAGAACAAUGAAAAACAUUUUGUACUUCACUGUAACUUCAACCUUGGUUUGAUUCAUAAAUACUAAUUCUAAAAUUCAGUCAAACACCUAACUUAGCAACAGAGAAAGUACAUUUAAAGUUAUGGACUUUGUAAACAGUUUAUAAAAAUAUACUUAGCUUAGCACUAGGUAUAUUUUUGGUACUUAACUCCUUGAAAUUUUCCACUUAACUUAAUCUAGAAAAUUAACAUUGAGAAGAUAAUAAAUGACUGUGAAAAUGUGUGGCAAAACAAAGACCAUUUUUCCUGGAAAUUUGGAUGUAGAUUGCUGUAGCAAUUUAAAACAAGUUUCAUGAGCCCGGUUGUUACAAUGAGCAUAGUUAAUAGGGGUCCCCAGAGAAAUUUGUUUUGAAACUACUUUAAGAAAAAUAUGUAUUAAGUUCUAUCUCUUGUCAAAAGGUCUUUUUACAUUGUGAGAGUAAUGGCACCUACUUACAAAGAUUCUUGCAACCUUUGCUUAAUAUUAUGAAAGAAUUUAAAAAAAUAAGUCGUCAGUGAACUAUGACACAAACGAACAAAAGUGUGUGCAAUAAAUUUAUUUUGAGAAUGAUUACUGUACUAUAACUUAACACAGUUAUGCCCGUUUUGGUUAAACUAAUGACAUUUUAUUUUCAUCAUGGUGGUUAGAUUAGUUACAGGUUAAGGAUGCUGGCAUCAUCACCUGUCAAUCAAACCAUCAACAGAUUAUUUAUUAUUAUUUAUUAUUAAUAGACACACUGUUAGCUGCAGGCCAGCAUGAGCUGCAAAAAUUUAAAACCUUAAUAAUAAUUAAUAAAAGUACCAAAAUAUGACA